AUGUUCGUGACCGCCUUCUUCUGCUUUACGGCGUAUAUCUCGUCUGCAUGCACAAACUCAUGGUGGCAUCUCAUGAUUGCACGGAUCUUCCUUGGAGUUGGCAUUGGGCCGAAAAGCGCAACAUUGAGCAUCUAUGCAGCUGAGUGCGCACUAGCGAAAAUCAGAGAAGCCUUACAAUGUGUUGGCAAAUCUGGGUUGUGUGAUUUUUUCUCCACACGUAACAACCAUUACCUCACCAUCAAUAGCUUUGGCAUUAUGCUUGGAACCGCCUGCAACAUGGCAUUCUACUAUGUCCCAGACCGAAGUGGUGUUGGUUGGAUUGAACUGGCGGCUUAUGUUUGGAAUCGCCGGACUGCCUGCGCUAGUUGUUCUAGCAAUCGUAUACACUAA